CAACAAGUUACUGCUCACAAGAAGAAGAAAGACACGUUUGUGUAGUGUGACGUCUAUAGCAGCAGAUAAAAUGUCGAUCUUUACACCUACAAAUCAGAUCCGUCUGACCAACGUGGCGGUGGUGAGGAUGAAAAAAGGGGGGAAACGGUAUGAAAUCGCGUGUUAUAAGAAUAAGGUGAUGAGCUGGAGAUCUGGAGCAGAGAAAGAUCUGGAUGAAGUUCUUCAGACCCCUACAGUGUUUAUAAAUGUGUCCAAGGGGCAAGUGGCCAAGAAGGAGGAUUUAUUAAAAGCCUUUGGGACAGAAGACUUAACAGAAAUCUGCAAACAGAUUCUGGCAAAAGGAGAACUUCAGGUGUCCGAUAAGGAACGACAGUCUCAGCAAGAGCAGAUGUUUCGGGACAUCGCUACGAUUGUGGCUGAGAAAUGUGUAAAUCCUGAAACCAAGCGUCCUUAUACAGUGAACCUAAUCGAAAGAGCUAUGAAGGACAUUCACUACUCAGUCAAAGCCACUAAGAGCACGAAACAACAGGCACUUGAGGUGAUCAAACAGCUGAAGGAAUCCAUCCAGAUACAGAGAGCUCAUAUGCGACUCCGCUUCAUCCUGCCAGCUAAAGACGGGAAGAGACUGAAAGAGAAACUUAAACCGCUCUUAAAGGUGGUGGAGAGUGAAGACUUUGAUGAUCAGCUGGAGAUGGUUUGUUUAAUUGAUCCAGGCUGCUUUCGGGAAAUUGAUGAGCUGAUUCGCUGUGAGACAAAAGGCAAAGGUUCAGUGGAGGUUCUCAGCCUGAAAGAUGUGGAAGAAGGCGAUGAGAAACUGGAAUAACUCGUCUUAAAUCUGCCUCCUAAUGCCACACUAACUACUUCCACAUUAAAUUAUAUCUUUCUUUUAUG